AUGUGGAGCAAGUGCCGCAGCCCGCCAGCUAUCCAGUCGGGCUGCGUAACUGGAUCGAGACAGCAGGAGACGAAGGACCCGGACAAGCAGCCUCAGGAGCCCGGUGAAGACGGCGAAACGUCAACCGAAGGUUUAGCCCAGGAGAGUAAAAACAAACCUGCCAUACAAGAUACCAAGUUAGGUUGGUUAGUGUCAGACCCUACUGGGCAAGAUAGGCUAAAAUCCCUCAAGGUAACCUGUAGUUUUAGUCAAGAAUUACAGGAUAAUCUAAAAAGGUUUUGGGAAAUAGAAGAGAGUUAUUCUGAACAAUUUGCUCGUUCACCCGAUGAACAUUUUUGUGAAAGGCAAUUUGUGGAAACUACCAAACGCCUAGAUAACGGUAGGUUUUCAGUGUUAAUGCCCCUGAAGGAAGAACCUAAAUGUGCUCUAGGAGAUUCUUAUGCUAUGGCUAAAAAGAGACUCCUAAAUUUAGAGACUAGGUUAGAUAAGAAUCCUGAGUUAAAAGACGCUUAUUCCAAAUUCAUUAAUGAAUAUAAGGAAUUAGGUCACCUGAUUGAGAUUGCCAGGCCACAAUUUAGUGUGUAUCUUCCCCACCACUGCAUUAUUAAGGAGCAUCAUGAGACCACUAAGGUUAGAGUAGUUUUCGACGCGUCUGCUACAACUACCUCAGGGAAGUCGCUAAACGAUAUUCAAGCCGCAGGUCCAGUCAUCUAG